GUAGAAAACUAACACCAUAACCAAACCCUAUAAACCCACUUUUCCACACAAACAGUAGAAAACUAACACCAUCUCGUAGCGUUACCUUUCAAUUCCUUCCUCUCUCUCAUCUCUAUGUGCGCCAGAAAGGCAUUUGGGCACCCAGUAGUCCCAAGCAUAACGCCAAAAAACGCCCUCUCUCCUCUGCCUCUUCCUAUUCCUCUUCCUCCUCCUUAUACUUUACUCUCUCUCCAAAAAAGCGUGGUGUUGGGAGUGGCACUGAGAAAAUUAUUGGGUUUCUAGAGAAAUAUAUAGAAACAGAGAUACAUAUUUAUACAUAUAUAUAUAGGCAGAUGGGUUCAUGUGUUUCGGUUCAUAAGGACGCAGAUUCCGUCUUGAAGCUCCGACUUUCAUUCGGGUCCAAAACCGACAACAAGCUCGUCAUCCCACCAUUCCCAGUCAAGGAUGAUAAACUCUCUUCCAAUGGUGACCGUCCGAUCGCCGAUCUUCCUCUUAAAUCUCAAUGGUCGCCCUCUCUCGCCACCGCCACCACCUUCCGGGAUUGCGGUAGUAGAGAGGAUUCCUAUUUUGAUACCCGGCCGUGGUUGGACUCGGAUUGUGAAGAUGAUUUUUACAGUGUGAAUGGGGAUUUUACUCCAUCUCGCGGCAACACUCCUGUCCAUCAGAACUUACCCGCUGGUUCCUCUCUAAUCGACAAAACUCCUUUCGAGAACAGAAUUCCUGUUUCCAUUCCUGGUCCAACUCCAACACCAACAGAAAAGAAGAAGAAACUACAUGAACUUUUUUUUCAGGAGAGCUUCAAAGAUGAUGAAGACGCGGACAAUGAAGUAAAACCGCCAACUGCAGUCAAGCUCCCUCCAAAGUUUGUCAAAGGAACGGAUUCCGUGUGUAGUAGCGAGAGGACAAUAAGUGGAGACGUUCUAACUGAGAUUGAGACGAAGAAGCCAUUUAGGACCUCGCAGUGCUGCCUUCCGAGCUUAGUUUCUUGCCGCAGCUCGAGUCAGAAGAAGAAGACGAGCCUUACCAUUGCUGUAGGUUAUAAAGCUUGAUACUUUUUCCUGAAAUCGUAAUAGUGUAAAUUUGAGAAGUUAAGAACCCGCUCGAGUUGCUAAACUACGAACCUCAAUAUCUUGUAAAGUACUAGAGAUCCUUGCUGCUGCUGUUGAAAUUAAGAAUUUUGAGGAUGGAGGGCAUGUAAAGAGUAAGGAUGAAAAUGUCCUAUGCUGUGAGUAUUUAACAACACCACUGAAAUCUUAGCAGGAAGGUUGUUACUGCAUAUUUAAUUAAAGAGAAAGAGAAAGCCACGUUUAUUUUGUCCGUUCA